AUGGUGGCGCAAACGAAGGUGUUCGUGGGAAGCUUACCUCAGGGUUCGAAGCCAGAGGAAUUACGAAAGUUGUUUGAACGUUUUGGAGUAGUAACAGAAUGUGACAUCAUGAACCGCUGUGGCUUCGUUCACAUGCAGACAGAGGAUCAAGCUGUAGCCGCUAUCCGAGCACUAAAUAAUACAUCUUUCAAUGGCGGCGUUAUAACCGUGGAAAAAGGAAGAAUAAAGGAGCGUGGCCAACGCAGUGGUGGCGGUAGAGGUGGAAUGCGUGGUGGUAUGAGGGGUGCAAUGGACCGUAGAGGAGGUGGUCCGAUGCGUGGUGGUCCCGGUGGACCUCGGGACGCUCCUUACCCACACAUGCGUGAUUCUCGUCCGAUGGGUCCAAUGCGUGGCGCAGACAUGCGUGGACCACCGAUGGGUGGCGGUGGUAUGCCGAUGAGAAACGGUAUGGGUGGAGGGGCUCCCUAUGACCGAACCUUGGAGAGGCCACCGAUGGGCGGCGGAUAUGACGAUCGCUAUAAUGGAUACGGUGGCGAAGAUCGACGCGGAUUUGCUCUAAUGGACGGCCGCGGCGCCCGUGAUCAGUAUGGUGCACCUCCACCGAUGUACGCUGAUGACAGACGCGGGUAUGGUGCCCCAGUUGAUGACAUGGCUGCCAUGUAUCCCGAUGACAGACGAGCCCCUAUGUACCCAGAUGAAAGAGACAUGAUGGACCGAAGAGCCCCGAUGCGAGGAGGACCAAUGCCUAUGUCCUCGGGCUAUGAUAGGGCGCCUCCUCGUGCCGCUCCCAUGGGCAACGGUGACAUGUACAGCAGGAGGACACCACCACCUAUGCGUGGAGCAGCAGGAGCUGCGGGAGGUUACGACAGAGACCCCUAUGUGCAGCAAUACCCUCCCAUGGGACGC